AUGGAAAACGGCCGCACCAGCUCCGAUGGCGGCGAGAAGCUGCAGGCCAUCCUCGCCCACGACGACGACGGCCCCGUCCACGAAAAGGCCGCCGACGAGAGCAGCCAUGUUGACGAUGACGACUCCAUGACGCCCGAUGAGCAGCGCCGCAUCAUCCGUCGCGUCGAUCGCCGCCUGGUCCUCACCGUCGGCGCCCUGUACUGCGUCAGCCUCAUGGACCGGACAAACAUGAGCGCUGCCAACAUUGCCGGCAUGAGCACCGAGCUGCACCUGCAGGGGUACCGCUACAACAUCGCCAACCUUGUCUUCUUCAUUCCUUACGUCCUCUUCCAACCCCCGUCCACCAUCCUGGUCCGUCGCAUCGGGCCCCGCCUGCACCUUGCCGGCGUCAUCCUCUUCUGGGGCGCCGUCAUGAUCGGCAUGGGCUUCGUCUCGAGCUUCGGCCAGCUCGCGGGCCUCCGCGCCGUGCUCGGCUGCCUUGAGGCGGGCUUCUUCCCGAGCUGCGUCUACCUGCUCAGCACCUGGUACACGCGAUACGAGGUCGGCAAGCGAUAUUCCGUCUUUUACCUGCUCGGCUGCGUGGCCUCGGCCUGCUCCGGUAUCUUGGCCUAUGGACUCAUGCAACUCAGGGGUCGAGAGGGCCUCAGCGGCUGGCGCUGGAUCUUCAUCAUCGAAGGCGCCUUGACCUGCGCCCUGGCCAUUGCGAGCUACUGGCUGCUCGUCGACUUUCCCGACUCGCACCGCAAGUCGUGGAAGUUCUUGGGCGCGCGUGAGCGCCAAUGGGUCGUCAACCGCAUCCAGCGUGACCGCGGCGAUACCCAAGUAUCCCCCUUUAACCUCAAGACCUUUCUCGGCGCCGGGCGCGACUGGAAGGUCUGGGCCUACGCCCUCAUCUUCUUCAACACCACCACCAUCACCUACGCCCUCGCCUACACCCUGCCUAUCAUCCUCGUCGGCAACCUGGGCUUCGACGUCGGCGCCGCCCAGUGCCUCGUCGCGCCGCCCUACGCCUUUGCGGGAAUCGUCAUGUUCACCACGGGCUACGUCGGCGACAAGUACCACGUCCGCGGGCCCGUCAUCCUCGUCAACAUGCUGCUGUGCCUCAUCGGCCUGCCCAUCAUGGGCUGGCAUCCGAACGCCGCGGUCCGCUACCUGGGCGUCUUUUUCGUCACGGCCGGCGCCAAUAGCAACGUGCCCGCCAUGCUGUCCUUCCAGGCCAACAACGUGCGCGGGCAGUGGAAACGCGCCUUUUGCAGCGCCACUCUCGUCGGCUUCGGGGGCAUCGGCGGUAUCGCGGGCAGCCUGGUGUUCCGCGACCAGGACAAGGCCACCGGCUACAAGCCUGGCAUGUACGCUUGCAUUGCGUGCUCGCUGCUCAAUGUUGUCCUCGUUCUGCUCCUCAACCUGGAAUUUUACAGGCAAAACAGACUCGCCGACCAGGGCAAGAAGACGCUGGAGUCCGACGAGGACGACGGUUCCAAAGACUUUCGGUACACUUGCUGA